CCCGCCAGCUUAAGGCAAGUACGCCUAAGCAACGUCCACUCAGUUCACAGUAAACAUUCGAAGCGUACGGAAGCAAGCAUACAUAGGACUACCGUUUAGAGUCCGUGAAAAUAAACGCGCGCGAGUUUACACAUUACAUACCGGAACACAGUAGGCCAGUUUUGCGCCACAGCCGGAAGCCAUCACGUUGAAAGACGAUCAACGGACCGCGUUGGACUCCUUCGUCGAAAGUCUGAAACCGGUAGUGAACGAGAUGCACGUCCACCCGAGUUCGCCCAACUCGUCCCAAUCGGAGGACGACGCCGCCACGAAGAUCCAGGCCGGAUUCCGCGGCUAUCGGGUGCGGAAGCAGAUGCGCCAGGGACGAUCCGGAUCGGGUGCCGGCGGUAGCAGUUCGGCUUCGGGCUCGCAGGCUCAGCGAUCGCCCCGGGUGUCCAAGAAGCCGUCGCUGGAGGACAAGUCGGCCGCCAAGAUCCAAGCAGGCGUCCGGGGUUUUCUGGUGCGAAAGCGGCAGAAAGUGGCCACCGAUGCCGCAACAAAAAUUCAGGCCAGCUUCCGUGGGUUCAAAACCCGGAAGGAUCUGAAAUCGACGACCAAGAAGGACAAGUGAGGGCGUUGCCAACCCACCGAAAUUUAGACGUGUGGACCUGUGUGUACAUUUUAGAAGACAAGAACGUCUGAAGAGUUUUAUGGAUUUUUUUUUUCUGUAGGCUUAGCCGUGAGAUACAUACAAGUAGGUAGUGUGGUGUGAGGCAAAUAUCUGUAGAGCGGAUUCAAGAGAAACUGGCCACGCGUGGCGAACAGCACCAUUUUUGGUGGAAUCAGUUGGGAUGCCGUUCUGCCAAAAAAAAAAAUACCUGAAGAGAAUCGUGAGAUCCAGUCAGUGCGCCGCAGUAGGCGAGGCGGCAGAAAAAAGGUGCUGUGGUUUAGUCGCCUGCUAUGAUGCCCGCGCGCCCGCCAUGCAAUCGAGCAAGUGAAAGUAACCCGAUCGCAUUGGAAUAAGGAAAAUCAGAAAAGGAGAAGAUGUUUUAUGUUAUGUUUGAAACGCAGUGCUUCCAUUUAGGGGUAAUCUGAAAGGGACGGGAGGGCUCCUCGCAGUCCCGUUCCGUUAAGACGGAAGGGGUACUAACUUAGCAUCGCCUUAAGUACAGUUCCGCGCAACGAGGGCAAAUUUUCCGAUUCAAAUAUGGAGCGUCGGUACCUAUCCAUGUGAAAACAAAUUAGUGCCGCAUGAAAAUCGCGCGUUUUACAAUUUUAAUGUGUUUCUAUCUCUCCCAAUUGCCAGUGUACAUUUCAUUAUGUCUGAUGCUUCAUUGACUGUUAGAAAAACAAACGGCCGACUUCUAGUCUAUAAUUAGUAUUCGUAUUGCCCUCCCUUCAAUGUCUCGGCCGGAGGAAAGGUGCGUGAGGGGCACGACACGUGAAAGAAGCAUCUGUUGCUAUCGUCCACGUAGCCGCCUACUACGAUACCACAGAGAACAGACAUCCAAGUCCAGUUCCGAAACUGUGUAAGAAAUUUAACGGCCAUUUGAAAUCGGCAACACAAGUGGCAAUAGCGUGGCGCUGCAAUCGGUUAAUUUCCCAUACUAAUUUAAUUCACCACUUGAAAUGUUUCAAUUCACCACUGAUUGUGGCAAUAUGGUGUUUGGUGGCGUAAGUGUUGUCAUCGUAUAUUGGUUUGCAACCUUACUCAAGUAAAGAUUCAAAUCCUUACACAACUUUCCGAAUGGAAUUUGUUGUAGCCUGGAUGUCUGUUCUCUGUGACGAUACGACGACUGGUGCUUCCAAUGUUCCAAUGCUGCCGCCGCCAGUUUCGUUUGAAUUUGUUUUUAAUGCUUUGUUUGUAUACAACACUGAAGCCAAGAAAUAACUCUGAGAAGCGCGUUUGUGUGCGGGGAAAGAAGGCGCGCCCAUUUUCCAGUUUAAUUUCAAAUCUCGUUUCUAUGUUUUUAAAUUGAAUCGCCGCCGUGUGUAAUACAAAUUUCAUAAAUUUGAUUACUUUGCCUUAUCCGGAUUAACGUAGUUAGGAAAUACUUGCAGAGUUCUUACUAGACUUCCAGAUGGGGUUUAUUUUUUAUAUGUAUUAAAAUUAGCCACUAGGACAAUAGAGUAGAAAGUGAUUUCUAAUAUAUGAAGUUUUAAUACCAUAUAAGUAGUGGAUUUAAAAAUUAUACCGAGCUGUAUACAAGUAUUUAUCGUUUGUAAGUUUUUUUUUUCUGUCAAAAGCGAGUAAUAAAGCGUAGUUAAGACCUA